GAAUUGCGGCGCGCGAAUGUUUCCGACGCCAAGCGCGAGCAUGAUGGGGGAAAAAUGUAACGAAUAGCCCUGGUAAAAGAAGUGCAAAUAAAUCCGAGACUUUGACUCGCGAACAUAAGAUCAUAGAAGAAGCCUACGGACUGAAUUAUUUUGUCAACAUUUAAGUCCCGUGGCCGCUGCCGAGGCCGUCACUCCGACGAUCGCACACCGAGGUCUAAAGCAGCGAACACCCGAAUCAUGGGUGUGUGUCUCGUCCAUCGUCGGGCCGAGGCCCCUGCUCGUGCGGCGGUAGCCAUCUUCCUCUCAUCUCGCACAGUCGUGUACGUUGGUCGCUUGGCGAGUUUUCAUGAAUUUUCCCAGUAACCGGUCGUUCGUGUGCAUUAAUUAGUGCUCAACUGGUGCAGUUUAAUAUUUAAAAAAUUUUGAGACUCAUUUCAUGAUCAAAUAUUGGUGAAUAGUCGUGUCGUUAGAGUAUAGAUCGUGUACGCGUGCUAUAGCCGCCGAGAAACGCAAGAAGCCGUGCUACGUACGCUCUCUCCCUCUACGUACUUUUAACUGCGCAGCAGUGUAACAUAUGGAAAGUGUGUCGCGUCAUCACUUAACGGUGAACUGCUCGAAAAAUUUCUGAAAUUCGUUGACGUGGUCAGUUGGAAUAAAGUUAAGGUGCACAUAACCGUCUUGAAAUCGCUCUCAAUAUCGUUAGUCUCGUGUUUCGAGUCGUAAUUAGUCGUUGUUUAACCGCGAUAAGUGUGAGUUAUUAUUGCAAAGAGUUGUCCUAAGCAGGAAGUGAAUUUACACGUAAAGAACUGCUGUUGGCCUCAUCUCAAUGCAAUAUGUUAUAUCAAGAAUAAUCUGUCUCUGGUCGCUGCAACACGUUCUGUAAAAGCCUUAAAAAGAUUCUGUUCGUUUUACUUGCGUAGUCAUUUCAGAGGCCGUAUAAAAAUGGCCGACACCACCGAGUCUGGCGUCAGUUGCUAGUGCCCACGUCAGCGUCGCAAGAGAGCAGUUAACACGUCGAUGUCCUUAUGUUCACAGAUUCAUUAAUGCUGAUUUGGAGUAUGAGAAAACAUAUGCAUCGCUGACGUUCAAGUAACUACCUUUUGGUAGAUUUGCACAAUGUUAUGAUUUUGCAUCAGUUAACUUCUUGGAUUAUUCAACAUAACAAAGAUUUACUGAAAUAUCUUACUUUGUUCGAAAAAAACCUAGAUUGUUGAUGACAACUUUUCAAGCCAAUAAUAAAUUUUUAUCAACUAUCUAUUGCAAAGCAUUUAUGUACAGUUUAUGUCAGAAAGUAAGACGCCCACAAUGCAGCAGGGAAAUUCUGCUGCCCCUUUGCAUAAUGCACUAAUGCAUUAUGAUUUUGACGAUCAGACAAGUGCACCACCUAAAUUGGCCAGUGGUAAUUUGCCUCCACCUUAUGAUAAUGCACCAGCUAAUAAUGAAGAUAUUGUUCUGGAAGUUAUUAAUGGCAUUGUACAGCCACCAUUUAUACCACCACCUGAUAGACCAGGGCGAAUGACAAAUCAGUUGCAGUAUAUAUCCAAAACUGUUUUCAAACCAGUAUGGAAACAUCAAUUUGCUUGGCCUUUUCAACAGCCUGUAGAUGUAAACAAACUCAACUUACCGGAUUAUUAUAAAAUUAUUAAAAAUCCAAUGGAUUUGGGUACAAUAAAGAAGAGACUUGAAAAUAAUUAUUAUUGGAGUAGUAAAGAAUGUAUUCAGGAUUUCAAUACCAUGUUUACAAAUUGCUACAUAUACAAUAAGCCAGGUGAAGAUGUUGUAGUAAUGGCUCAAGCUUUAGAAAAGCUGUAUCUAACAAAGAUAGCCCAAAUGCCAAAAGAUGAAGUUGAACUGGAUCCCCCUGCUCGUAAAGGCCCAAAAGGCAAAAGGCCUGUUGGGCGAGUAGGAGUUGCAGGUGCUGGAGGUCGAGGAAGACCACCUAGUAGUAUUGCUGGGGUCACUACAGUAUCAUCAAGUAUGGCAAACAAUAUGUCUGUAAUGCCACCUUCGGCUACACAGUCGACUGCUGCGGCUGGCUUAGCAGGAGCUUCUAAUGUUAUGCCACCAGUAGGUGCUCAAACCCCGAUAAUGCCAAUUACUACCAGUUCUAAUGCAAUAGCGCCUCAGCCAGGAGCUGGAAUUCCAGGGGUUACACCCAUGGCUAUUCACAAUUCGUUACCAGCACAAGUUGUCCCACCAGGUCCUGGUUAUCAUGCUCAAGCAGCUACUGGACUCGAAACAGCUGUUCUUGGACCUGCACAAGUAUCUGCUGCUGUAAUGACACCCUCUCACAUAGCCAAAGUUAAAAAGGGUGUUAAAAGAAAAGCUGAUACAACGACACCUGCUAACGCAUUUGAUUCAUCAUAUGCAUCAGAGCCGAAAAUAACUCCCAAAGUACCCCUCCGUUCUGGUCGACAAGUGAAAAAGCCAACAAGGCAGGCGGAAGACGGCCUGGUGCCAUUUCAUCAAGUUAGCAUGCCUCUCAUGGGUACUUUAGGCCAACAGGUUGCAACGACUAAGGGAAAUUCUAAAUUGUCUGAUAAUUUAAAACUUUGCAAUGAUAUUUUAAAAGAAAUGUUUGGAAAAAAACAUGCUCUGUAUGCAUGGCCAUUUUACAAACCAGUUGAUGCAGAACUAUUGGGCCUACACGACUAUCAUGAAAUUAUAAAAAAACCUAUGGACAUGGGAACUGUUAAAAAUAAAAUGGAUCGCCGAGAAUAUAAUACAGCUGCUGAAUUCGCUGCCGAUAUCAGACUUAUAUUCACCAACUGUUAUAAGUACAAUCCUCCAGAUCACGAUGUAGUUGCCAUGGCUAAGAAAUUGCAUGAUGUAUUUGAAAUGCGUUAUGCCAAAAUUCCCGAUGAACCCAUGGAUGCUGACGAUAUGAAAGGAUCUGAUAGUAGCGGAAGUAGUUCAGAAUCUGAUGAAUCGUCAGAUAGUGAUGAUUCUGAUGAAGAAAGAACUCAAAAAUUACGGGCUCUGCAACACAAUCUGCUGACAAUGCAAGAAGAAAUGCGCAAGCUCGUAGAACAAAGCGGAACGAAAAAGAAAAAGCGGAAGAAGCUUGAUAAAUCCAAAAUUAGAUCAAUGAAUACAAAAGAUCUUAUGAUGAUGGGACAUAACUCAAAAGACUUAAUGAAGCCAGUAGGUGGUAUCCGAGGAGUUUCUGAUAGCGUUGGUACAAGUUUAGCUAACGUUUCGCUUGGAGCAGGCCACCAUCUACCCCCAAGCUCUGCUGCCGCGACAGCUGCGGCUGCUCAUUAUGCGGCUACAGCUGCUGUUGCCGGUGCUACUAAAGGAUCUAAAGCUACCAAAACACGAGGUCCCGGCAAAGCCACAGCAACAAAUUUGAAUAAACGUCCAAAAGCCACAAAUCGUUCAACUGGUGCUAAGAGGAAAAAUGCUGCCAAUCAACCACCUCCUUCGAUAUUUGAUUCCGAAGACGAAGAUAAUGCCAAACCUAUGUCUUACGAUGAAAAAAGACAACUUAGCUUGGAUAUCAAUAAGCUACCGGCAGGGGACAAGCUUGGUCGUGUAGUAACCAUCAUACAGUCUCGUGAACCAUCACUCCGAGACUCUAAUCCAGAUGAAAUAGAAAUCGAUUUUGAGACUUUGAAGCCCUCGACGCUGAGAGAAUUGGAGAGCUAUGUAGCUUCUUGUCUUCGUAAAAAACCACAUAAAAAAGUUAGUGGUAAGUCAAAAGACGAACAAUUCGCUGAGAAAAAACAAGAACUCGAAAAGAGAUUACAAGAUGUUUCUGGACAGUUGGGAAAUGUUAAAAAACCAAUGAAAAAAGAUGAAAGCAAAGCAACUGAUGCUACUGGCCCUGUUGGAGCUGCUGCUUCUAGGCUCUCUGCAUCUAGCAGCAGUAGUAGUGAUAGUGAUUCGAGUAGCAGUUCCCUGUCGUCGAGUUCCAGUGAUUCCAGUGAUAGCGAAACUGGUCAUACAGGUACUCGACAGUCUCGUAAAAAAGUAAAGAAACAGGCUACGCCUAGCUCCGUCGGACCAGCUUCGGCUGCGGCAACAGCAACGGCUACGACGGCCAUUACUACCUCUACGGCAGCUAAUUUAAAUCAUACUGCGGGUUUGCUUAUGAACAGUCAAGCAACGUUGAAUGCGUCGGGACCAAUUUCAAAAUCGGCUACAUCUCAAUCAAGCAAUCCACCAGAACAAGAUGAAGAAGGGCUCGGAUCAGUCGUCAACCAACCGAUCACUGCAACCACUGCGUCAGGAAAUACUUCAGCCAAUAUUCAUACCCCAGCGGCUGUCUCCAUUGUUGAUCAUGCCUCAAUAUCAGUGCAAUCAUCGAGGCCGCUAUCACUAACAAACGCUGCGCCUAUGCCAAAACCAGCUCUGGUUCCAACCACUCCACAACACAAUUUAUCAGCCCAGCUUCCUGAAACACCUUUACAAAUAGGACCGCCUCAACAUCACUCUACUCCUCAACUUCCAGUUGCAAGUAAAAUUGCCACUUCUAUCACUCCUGCUGUGCCAGAAGCUUCGCAAGCUAGCGCCAUUCCAGUACUUCAGCAACCUAAAUUGCCAGUAGUUACAAUGCCUCUUGUGUCACAGCCAAUAGUCAAUGUUUCAACUACUAGCUCAUAUGCAGGUAUGGCAACGUCGAUGAUUCAUCACAAUGUAGAUCCCAAUGUAAUUGGACAAACAAACUUGCUUCAUGGAAUCAACACUUCGAGUAUGAAUAAAGUAACAGAAAAAGUUAAUAAUCAUUCAUCGAGUUCUUUGGUACAACCUGAAAAGAAGCAAUCAACUCCACCCAUGUUGAAUAAAAAGGUGAGCCCACCGGGUGGUACAGCUUCAACUACUGGCGUUAAGAAUGCAUCAUCAUGGUCAUCUCUGGCUCAAUCGGCAAGCCCGAAAUCAUCAAAUGCUGGUAAUGCCAACGCGAAGGAUGCAACUCGAGACACUUUUCAAUUGUUUAAAAAAGCAGCCAAAGAAAAACAAAAUAGGCAACGUGCCUUACAAGAGCAGCAAGAGCAACGUCGAGCACAGGCUGAGCGUGAAAGAGCAGAGCGACAUCGUUUAGAAACUGAGCGUAAAAAUGAAAUAGAACGUAAAGAAAAUUCUAUUUCUCCACCAACUAACAAAUCCCCUCCAAAUAUGCGGCUAGAGUUCACUAAACCGACCGUGUUAGAAACGAGUACUCCACCCACAACAAAGAACGAAAUUGCCGAACGUGCUAAGCUAAGAAAAAUUGAACAAGAAAAAAGAAAACGUGCAGCGAUGGCAGGACAAAUUAACAUCACUAUGCAGAGUGAUUUGAUGGCAGAAUUUGAAGAAUCUUUGUAAUUGUACAAAAAAAUAUUACUCGUGUUGUAAAUUAAGUUAAAGAUGUGUCGAUGUUCGUGAGAAUUACCAAAAUGAAAGAGUGAACGAAAAACUGGAUUAAUAGCGACGUCGAAUUCUUAAGAGCUAUUUAUAAGCAAAGUUAUUAUUACAUAUAUAAAAUAUUUAAAAAUCGUGUUGUGUAUAGAAGAAUAUUGUCUAAUAGUUGCAGAAUAAAAAAAAUGAAAUAUUGUUACAGCAGCAAAUGUAACAGAGACAUUGCGAAAAAGAUAUGAAGAGAAUUCAAAAUCAGUAUGAAGCGCUCGCAUAUGUAGAAAUACUAUUGUAUUCAUAUUCACUGCCGAAAAUGGGCCGUUUCGUUCGUUCGGUUGUUUUCUCUUCAUUUCUUUUCACAGUGAUACAGUUCGGAGACGUUCGAGUAAAACGUCUAAUUCUGUUUCGCUCUUCAAUGUCUGCUAUGUUGGUUUGACAAAUUCUUAACGUUGUCAAAUGAAGACAUUUUUCUGUAAGCAUUGUAUAAAUAAAAAGAUAUGGAAUGUAUGAUUGUACAUAAAAAAGAAUGAACUUUUAGUGAAAUUACGUAAAACAAAUAGUUCUUUAACUAUUUUCGAUUUUUCAUAAAUUUGUAUUGUAUAUACAAAAAAAACUUCAACGCAUUGAAAAACAAUAAACAUUGGUAGUAAAAAUAAUAAUAACUAAUAUAUAGAUUAUAUUAUUACCAAUUAAUAUUGGAAUAAAGAAAAUGCGUUAUUGUAAAUAGAACAAAUAUGUGUGAUACCGAUGUAAUCUGUAAGUUAAUUUUUAAGAAAUUAAUUUAUAAGUACAAAAAGCAAAAAAUUAAAAAAUUGAAUAAAAAAAAUUAAAAACAAAUAUCAUAUGCCAGAGUUGUUUAUAUUUAGUUGUUUUAUAUUUUUCCACAUUUCAGUCAUUAAUCGUUGUUAGAAAUUAUAUAUUCGAUUUAAUAAUUUUUGUCACAAUUUGGAAGAUAAGCCGAAAUAAACUUUUGAACUUGUAAAUAAACAUGAUAUUUCAAAGCUAAGCUUUUCACUAAAAGUAUGUUAAUGCAUGUGACUAAAGUUUGCAUCAUUAAGAUUUAAUAAAUAAGCUGCUGUGAAGUCUAUAAAUUAACUGGAAUAGACAAGCAUGUCAAAACUUGAAAAUUUCUACUGAACAAAUUUUAGUCACCAAAAUAGACGUGCAUUCAAAGAAAAUAAUUUACUGUAAGCAAAUGUAAUUCGAAAUUUCAUAUUUUUUCAUUGAAUGACAGUUUUUUGGGAUGUAAGAAUCAUACAACAUUUGUUUGCGUUUGCAUUGUAAGAAAUGUGCUAUUUAAAAUUGAAUUUCAAUGUAUUAUUUAAAAUAAAUUAUAUACAUAAGUAAUGCGAAAAUCAAUAAUUAAUAGUACAUUAAUUUUGUUGGAGGAUUAAUUCAAGUUUUUAUGAAGCAUUAAAAUCCCGAAAGAUAAAUUUGUCAAUUACUAUUAACAUAAUGAAAAAUUUAUGAAUAAACGAUCUCUCGUCCUAAUAGAAUAACUAAUAAUUUUUUAAUGUAUCUGCGUCAAUGAAGCAUAUAGUUAGAAAAAAUAAAUUUCAAAGUGCUAUUUCUUAUUUUCGAAAUCAAAUGCGAUCAUAAGACUCAUGAAUGUAGAUUUGACUGCUAUUUAAGGAGAUCUUAUGAGCAAUAAUUUUCUUAUUGUGAAUUGAAUAGUUCUUGAAAUUAUCCAUAACAUAAUACGCUGUUUUCUCAAAUGGGAUUAAAAGCUUGGUUGCGAACGAUAAAUAUUUUUGAUUAGUAUGUACUCAUAAUUAAGUUUAUAGCAAAUAGUGAUAAAAUCAAAUCGCUGUUUCGGCUUUUGUAUUAUUGUAGGAACUUGUCUUAAUUAAUGAAACUGAUACUUUUUAUUUAAAAAAUUAUAAAAUCUACCACAAGAACUCACUUGAGAUUUGUAAAUAAAUGAUCAUUUAAAUGUUAAUGACUGCAUCAUUAUUCUAUACGAAAAACGUCACUUAAUUAAAUAUUAUAAUGAAACUGUUUUUUUUUCACAACGAUCCCCUUUUUUUUUUAAAAAAUGUUGCCGUUCAAUUAAAGUGCAAAAUCAUUGAGAAAUAAGCGUAUAAGGUUAUUAUAAAAAAGCUAAAAAAAAUUAUUUAAUGUUUCAGGUGUUAUU